AUGAAUCGAUCUCAAAAUUCUCAACAGUCUCAACUCAGCUCAUCAAAACCCAGUCUGAUCGGGAUGAUUCGUGCUCGAAAGUUAGCAAUAAAGAUCAAACGACGCGCUCAGUUUCUGGUGGCGGAUAAACGACGACGUGAGAACUGUGGUAAAGCAAUCUUGAUCCAUCAUGAUAUACCUCAGUCAAGCUCGAAUAAGGCUCUCAGUUUAAAUGAUGAAAGAUUUCUAACAUCAAGCGAUGGCAGACUGUUAGUCAGCUCACGGCAGUAUCUAACACAUUCUAGCCGUGAAAUCGAAAGCAAAAAGCGUCCAGUUCGGGAAUACAAAACAACACCAGAUCAUGUUUUCCCAGUAAUGGCUAUUGAAUCAAAGAUCGGGGAGAUACUUGAAUCUCGACUGGAAGGAAUGAAGUAUAGUCCAGUAUAUGGCAAAGAGAUCAGUAAACGUUUGGCUGAAGAGAUCAAGAAGGAAGUACAAACAAGCUAUGAUCUAAAAAGAUAUAAGUUGAUAUGUGUUGUAAAUAUAGGAGAGAUGAAACCUUCGUCUCUAGGUAGUGCGCGCUUUGGGAGUCGUUGUUUAUGGAACACAACGUUUGAUAACUUUGCAUCUUCAUUCUAUCAAAACAGUCAAGUGUUUGCUGUGGCAACUCUAUAUGCUGUUUAUUACGAAUAA